AUGUCCAGCACCUCGACUCCCGCGCAGUCGAAUCUUGCAACGGCUGCCGAAAGGUCGCAACGAUCGGUCUUCGUCGGCAACAUCCCUUAUGAAUCUACUGAAGAAGAACUCAAGACGUUAUUUUCCCAGGUGGGGCCAGUAGUCGGAUUCCGACUUGUAUUUGAUCGUGAAAGCGGCAAACCUAAAGGUUAUGGGUUUUGCGAGUUUAUGGAUCAAGAGACGGCAAUGAGUGCAUUGCGAAACCUCAACGGCUUUGAGUUUCAUGGGCGACUGCUUCGCAUUGACACUGCAGCUGGGGACCGAAGCAAAGAGGAACUACGGCAGCUGCAAAUGACAUUUGGAGGUCCUUCCGAGGAAAGUCCGUAUGGUCCUGCAUGCCCACCACAGAAAGCCCCCGAAGCGAUCUCACGUGCCGUCGCUUCUUUGCCUCCCGAACAGAUGCUUGAGCUAAUGAAGCAGAUGAAGUUGUGUGUCGAGAAUAACCCGAAUGAGGCCAGGAACAUGCUACUACAAAAUCCACAGUUGGCAUAUGGGUUGUUACAGGCGCAAGUCGUGAUGCGCAUCAUCGACCCACAGGUCGCAAUGUCCAUGCUGCAUCGCGACGCGCCAGUGCCUCUGCCACCCAUUCUACCUCCUCCGGUGAGCGGCGUCUCGAAUACUGUUGGAGCACCUCUAACUGUGACUCAAUCCAUGAUACCCCCCAUAAGUUCUUAUCCUUCAAAUAUGUCUAUUCCUGCUAUGCCUCUUGUUUCGGGCUCUUCUGCGGCUGUUGUCAUUCCGUCAGUCAGAGCCCCUCUGAUGUCGAUUGGUCCAAAAACUGAUGUAGAUUAUCGAAGUAUUCCAAUUCCGCCGCCUCUCGGCUAUCCACCAUAUGCAUCAUUGCAGAUACCGUUCACGAACAUGGGUGCCUUCCCAAGCGGAACUCGCAAUCCAGUCCUACUGAACGCGCCAGUUACUUCAGUGCAGAGGUCAAACAACGUACCGUCCACCGUUGCGUCCUCUAGUUAUUCAAACGUCGCUGCGGUUUCUUCCGAGGACCAGGAAAAGGCAGCGUUGAUUAUGCAGGUUCUGCAGUUGACAGACGAACAGAUCGCCAUGUUGCCAGCCGACCAAAAGCAGAGUGUUUUGUUGCUGCGCGAACAGUUGAAAGGCUCUGAAUCUCAUUAG